AAGAGGAUCAUCGCCAAUCAACGUUCCAUAUUACAUUUCGUUUCACAGUAUGAUUAUCGAUCGUCGUAUUUGUAUUAUUUCCUUCCACGAAGAACAUUAAUUUCUAUUCAUAGUGCUUAAAAAAUUGUCAAGUGUGAAUAAAUAACUCGAUCAGUCAAUUUUCUUUAAAAAUAGUGUAUUCAAAUUUAAUUCAAAUCUUUUUUGCUAUUCAUAUAAUUGAAUCAUGACUACAAUUAAGAAAUCUAUACGAAAAUUAAACACUGGAAUUAUCACAACAUGUAUCGUAGGUUUUGCUGUUUCUUACUAUGCAUAUUACGUGGAAUUAGCAAAGGAAGAAGAUGAUUUGUACGAAGCAGUGUGCGAUAUUAGCGAGCAUGUUAGUUGCACCAAAGCAUUUUCAUCCGAAUAUGGGAAAGGUUUUGGAAUAAUUCCAGAAACAUCUCUUUUAUAUGCGCCAAAUUCUAUAUAUGGAUUAACAUUUUAUCUUUUGGUCGCAAUACUAAGUAUAUCAAAUAAGUAUGUUACAUCAGCCCUUGUCGUAACAUUAGGAAUCUGCGCGAACCUUGGUACGCUUUACUUGGCUUACAUUUUGUACAAAUUAAGCAAUAUUUGUGUAGUUUGUGUUAGUCUGUAUGUCGUAAAUGCUAUUCUUUUAAUACUUGCUGUUAAAAAGCAGCGAAAACUAUAUCGAAAUAAUGGCACAAAUAAGAAGAAAAAAUCGAAAUAAAUAUGAAUCUUUAAAAAUCUAAUUUUACUAAAAUCUUCCGAAUUUUGUUGCAAAGUCGUUAAGAAUGGAUUAAUCAUGAUAUCAAUACAUAGGUAUUAUUUACUUAAUGUCUAUAUCCUGUGAUUUAUUAAAAACUUUUCACAUUGUAUCGAAGGAAUCUGUAUGUACUACUUAAUACAUUUCAUUUGAUGAUUGUGGAAUAAAUGCUAUAAAUGCAACAAA